CCAGGGUCUAGCAGCUACAGUCAGGACGGAUCCGCAACUUUUCUUUGCAGACGGCACUGGAGUCUUACAUCGAGUUCAGUCAGCAUUCCCUAUGAGUGGAGGGGUUCAGUGCAGUAUAUCGCUCCCUUCACACCUGAAGGGCGCUGGUAAGAUGCUGAAGACUGUGCUCCCCCGUCUUGUGACCACGACUACCGCUUGUCACCCGCCAUGUCUACAUCUGACGUCACUGUCAUGUCUACCGUCAAAGAUAUUAAGAGAGAUGCCUGGAGAUGUAGCAGGUGCCGAGACACCUUCCUUUCAAUACUUCUGGCAGCCUGGUUCUGGCUUCUAUGGCGAAAAUCUCGGAAGACUGACACAACUUUCGGCUGAGAUUUAUGAAGAAAUUGUUUUAUCUCAUAUCGAGGCCGUGCCGGUACCUUCAUCAAAAGGCGUGUUCACCAUUGGUGACUAUGGAACGUGCGAUGGGACAGUGUCUCUACGACUGAUACACAAGAUCAUCGACCACUUGAGAAACAAACAUGGACCCGAUCUGAAGAUUCAGGUGUUGUACGAAGAUCACGCAUCCAACGACUACAACAGUCUCUUCAAAACUAUUUACAGUCAAACCUCGUACAUGACCAAGUUCACCAACGUGUUCCCCCUGGUAUGUGGCACUAAUUUCUACAAGCAGUGUGUACCUGACCAAACCUGUGACAUCAUCAUGUCCUCAUUCGCUACGAUGCAUUUGGAUAACGAGAGUUACGUGAGAUGCUCCAAUACAAUGUUCCCCUGGCGGUCGACAUCACAAGAGGAGCUGCACGCUCACCGCGAGGCUGCAGCACGUGACUGGCAGACGUUCCUCCUCCACAGAGCAGCAGAACUCAAACCAGGUGGACUUCUCAUCGAUGCUCAGGCUGCUCAACUCGGGGGGAGCAACCGUCCACAGACUCGCACUUUGACCUACCCUGUCGCUGAAAACGGCACUGGAACUCAAGAAGAAAGCGCCCAAGAUAUUUGGACUUGUUUUGAUUUGAGCUGGAAGGAAUUGUAUGCGGAAGGAAUCAUUACAAAAGAGGAGUUCCAGUCAUGCACUCUUCGGAUGACAUAUCGGACUUCAAAAGAUCUCAAAGUUCCUUUCGAGAAUGCCGCCAUGUCUCCGGUCCGACAGGCUGGUCUCAACUUGCUCAAAGAACCAGAAGAGUUUCUCAGUCAUUGCCUUGUCAAAACAUUAUGGCGACUAAAGCUACAGGCUGAUGGUGUUGACGACAGAAUGCUGUUUGCUCACCUUCUGGCAAAGGCAUUUGGUGUUGUGUUAGAUGCCACCUUAAGGAAGGUCUUGAGAAACAUUCGACCUACUGUGCUGCAGUUGUCCAUAAUAAAACGAUUCCAGCAGGUGUUUAUCCAAAAAGUUGCUGCAUGUAACCCAGAGACUUUCAGAAGCGAAAUUGCUAUGAGAGUCCUUGUCGCACAGAAGUCAAAAUGACUAACAUGCUAAUUGUAUAAUGGAGUCUUAUAGUGUGCUAAGUUCCUGAAGUCAUGAUUUUAUGACUUUUUCUAGAAACAUAUUUUGAUUAUCACAGUCCACACUAUAAUAAUAGUGAUGAUGAUGAUGAUGAUGAUGAUGAUGAUGAUUAUCAAUCAGUCGGAGGAAAUCAAUAAAAGUACUUCGCUAUUUCUAAUUGUUAGAGCGAUGUGGAAAAUAUUAUAUAAUGUAUCUGUAUUCAUUGCGUAAAUAAACUCACUAAAUUUGUACACUAUCUUUACUUCUCAUUAAUUCAUAAAACCCUCCCCGUCAGUUGAUUCUCGUAUGUUAUUCAUACUGAGGUAAGAUAACUCUGUGCCCAACAUAACAACUAUGCUAGAGUAGCUUCCCUUACUUUGGCAGACGACAAUGAACAGGAAGGCUGCUACUUCACAAAUUGCAUCGAUAGAGCUUAAACAGUUGCACUAAUCUUCUUGUAGUUGAUGAUGAAGGAAUCCAUGGUAAGUCUUCAAAGCUUACUAAUGUUUAUGUUACAUUUCUGAGCAAUGAGCGUGAACAAAGCCAAAUCAGUUUGACAGCUGUCUGGAUCUACCGCCGUAACUUUGUUUCGAAACGUGUGGUAGAGUCGUUUUAUUAUAACUGACUGUUGGUCCUCAGUGCGAGUGUUACCUACCCUGUUCCUGAAGAAAUCCUCUACCAAAUUUUCAUUUCUUUUGUGAAUAGAUUAACAAAGUAGUCUCUAACAUUAACACUGUCUGUGAAAACUGGUCAAGAUCUGGUCAUACAAGAUCUCGUCAUAAUUGUAAGAGAUGAAUAGCGAUCACAAUUUCACAAGACAGAUUUAAGUGAACAAUUAAGCAGCUUAUAAAUGACAAAAUUAAAGCUGAGUAAAUUGCUUAGUACUUUCCUGUCUGUGAGUUUAUUUGACAGUCGAAAUUGCGUAAUGGAACUGCAUU